AGACAUAUAGUUACGGGUCCUCUUUUAUGUCUCUCUUGAUCUAUAAAUACACACACAACACCCACUGUCUCUUCAAUGUUUCAUUAAACCCUAAUAUAAGUUACUUACAUUUAUAUAUAGAGAGAGAAAGUAGAGAGAGAGAGAGAGGAUAGCCAUGGAUGAAGGCCGUGAGAAGGUGGUGGAGACUGUGCUAGCAGGCAACUAUGUGGAAAUGGAGGUUGAAGGGAAGCCUAAAAAUGUCAAAUCCACCAUUUCCAACUUCUUUUGGCAUGGUGGUUCUGCAUAUGAUGCAUGGUUCAGUUGUUCUUCAAAUCAGGUGGCACAAGUGUUGCUUACACUACCAUACUCAUUUUCACAACUAGGAAUGCUCUCAGGGAUUUUGUUCCAAAUUUUCUAUGGUUUGAUGGGAAGUUGGACUGCUUAUCUCAUCAGCAUUCUCUAUGUUGAGUAUAGAACUAGAAAGGAAAGAGAAAAGGCUGAUUUCAGAAACCAUGUAAUCCAGUGGUUUGAAGUGCUUGAUGGAUUGCUUGGAAAGCAUUGGAGAAAUGUUGGUUUGGGAUUUAAUUGCACCUUUCUUCUCUUUGGAUCUGUGAUUCAACUCAUAGCUUGUGCAAGCAACAUAUAUUACAUAAAUGACAACUUAGACAAGAGGACAUGGACAUACAUAUUCGGUGCAUGUUGUGCGACAACAGUAUUUAUCCCGUCAUUUCAUAACUAUCGGAUUUGGUCGUUUCUAGGCUUGAUUAUGACUACUUACACCGCGUGGUACCUAACCAUCGCAUCACUCCUCCACGGCCAGGUGGAAGGGGUGAAACAUACAGGUCCAGCAAAGAUGGUUCUAUAUUUCACGGGGGCUACAAACAUUCUCUACACGUUCGGGGGACAUGCUGUGACUGUGGAAAUCAUGCAUGCUAUGUGGAAACCACAAAAGUUUAAGUCCAUUUACUUUUGGGCUACCGCAUAUGUAUUAACACUUACACUUCCAUCCGCUUCUGCGGUUUAUUGGGCUUUUGGUGACUCGUUACUUAAUCACUCAAACGCUUUUGCUCUUCUCCCUCGAUCCCCUUGGAGAAACAUGGCCGUAAUCCUUAUGCUUAUUCACCAAUUUAUAACGUUUGGAUUUGCUUGCACUCCGUUAUAUUUUGUGUGGGAGAAAGCUAUAGGGAUGCACGAGUGCAAAAGCAUGUGCAAACGGGCUGCAGCGCGAUUGCCUGUGGUCGUCCCCAUAUGGUUCCUUGCGAUCAUCUUUCCUUUCUUUGGACCUAUCAAUUCGACAGUUGGAUCUCUUCUUGUUAGUUUUACCGUCUACAUCAUCCCCGCUCUUGCUCACAUGUUCACCUUCCGCUCGGCUGCUGCACGAGAGAAUGCGGUGGAGCCACCUCCAAAGUUUUUUGGACGAUGGGUUGGGACAUACACGAUCAACGUAUUUGUAGUCGUGUGGGUCUUCAUUGUUGGAUUCGGGUUUGGAGGAUGGGCAAGCAUGACAAACUUCAUACACCAAAUAGACACAUUUGGACUAUUCACCAAGUGUUACCAAUGUCCACCGCAACUCCCACCACCACCACCGCUGCUUAAUGCAACCACGCCAAUCGCAUCUCCGACCAACCACCUCCAACUACUAGGGAGUGUGUUUCACAAGCCUUGAAGCCAAGCUUCUAUCAUUCCCGCCAACAACGUUAAUCGCAUCAGUGUGAUCACUUUUUAUUGUAGCAUAGGAAAUAUUUGGAAUUGAUUUAUGAGAAAAUAUUAUUUUCAUAUUCCUUGUAAUAUUUGUUGUGGUUUUGCUUUUGACACAUUUUGUAGCACAUCACAUACUACACCAUAUGCAACGGCAUAGAGAGUUUUGAUAACCGACGUCGUUUUGCAAUCUCUUGAUCUCGUAGCACCUCCCUAAAAACACACCAACAUACAAGGGGAACUUCUCCGAUUUCACGCAUACUAAACUCGACCUCGAUGACUUUUUUCGUGAUGUUUAUUCUUUUUUGUUUGUCUUUGUAAUGUAAUAAAAAUAUGAUUUGUAAGAAUCUAGAUGUGGUUGAAUAUAUUUUUUCGUGAUCUUGAGAUAGGCUCGAUGUAGCCCUAUUUUUGAA